AAGGCAAAUCCAGAUGGAUUCCAUUGCAGGGGCCGCCAAUCCAAUAAAAUCCCUCCGGUUCGAUGAGGCUGAGACGGGCGAGCAAGCACGUCCCAACAAGAGAGAGAGAACAGGUCCAAACAGUCAAACUCCAGAAAGGCCCAUUCUCAGGAAGACGAGGACGAAGACGAAGGGAGAAAGAGAGACAGAGAGAUGGAAACAGGCACAAAAUCGGGGGAAGUGAGAGUGGAGAAAGUGGGAGGGAAGUCAAUGGUGACCAAAUGCUUUUCCAAGUAUCCCCUCAAAUUCAUCAUCCCCAAAAAGGCGGGUCCUUCGAAGACCGAUUCCGUGUGGAUUUACAGCCUCACCUAUGGCGGCGGCAUUGUCUCCGGGGAUGUUAUUUCGUCUGGGCUAUACGUCGGAGACGGUUCCACCACUGUCCUGACUACUCAAGCUUCUACUAAGGUCUACAAGUCUCUCGGAUCAAAAUGCUCCGAGCAGCUUUUCGAGGCAGAAAUUGGAAGUGAUGCCCUCUUGGUCGUGAUUCCAGAUCCAGUGACCUGCUUUUCCACGGCAAGGUACUCGCAGAAGCAAGUGUUUAGAGUCGUUCCAGGGUCCAGCUUAGUUCUAGUGGAUUGGAUUACUAGUGGACGGCAUGAGAGUGGAGAAGUAUGGGAUUUCAAUCUUUAUAAGAGCACCAACAACAUAUUCUUUUCGGACGGCCAACCUUUGUUUCUUGAUACGGUGCUGCUAGAGCAAGGAGGAAUUGCUCCUCUAGCAGAACGCAUGCAGGACUACCGAGUUAUUGCAAUGGUCGUACUCUUGGGGCCAAAGCUCAGGCACGUUCAAAUCCGAAUACAAGAAGAUGUGAAGACAAUGAUGUCUGGGCAACUACGAGUUUCUUUCUCCUCACUGAACUGUCGGAAGAAACCGAACCCACACAACACAUCACCUGACAAACCCGCCCUUGUAGCUUCUUGCAGUGCUUUUGGCCCCAAGCGAGUAGGAGUGGUUGUUAGAAUAGCAUCUAUGACAACUGAAUCAGUGUACAGUUUUCUGCGGCAUCAGCUGGAGGACUUGGAACCAUUGAUUGGGCUGUCACCUUAUUGCUGAAUAAGACUGAUUUGCUGAUUCUGUAGUCGUAACGUCACUUAAUGUCACAAGUGGACGAGAAUUUGAUUCGUGUGGUUAGUGAACAGUUUGUUUCUGUUCGAUUCUAUUACAACAAUUCCUCAACAAAUUUGGUUGGAUUUUGAAAAGCCAAAAUUUUAAAAAUUACUAGACAAAAUGGCUCUCCUUGCUGCGAA